AUGGUAUCUGAAGUAAAGUGGUCACUUCUGAUGUUUAUUUGUGGAAUCAUUGAAAAUUAUUGCCACGCGGAAUUAAAAAUGAUCCAAGUGACGAUGCGUCAUGGUGACAGAUAUCCUUCUGUAAAACGGUAUGCAUUAAUGUUCUAUCCAAAUGAUCCAUACUUCAAUAAUACCUGGGCGCCUGAUGGACCGAUGCAGCUUACAGACAAAGGAAAACUCAAUGCGUACCACAUGGGUCAAUUUCUGCAUGACAGAUAUAAAGAAUUGAUAGGAGCUACCAAUAACACAGACUCAGUCUAUUUCCGUGCGCUUCAAUACGAAAGAACUGUCAAUACUGCUCGCUUAGUUGCCAAAGGACUGUUUCAAAUAAACUGGAAUUCCAGUUCUGAAUCAGUACCUGUGUCAAUUGACUCAAAACCAACAGACGAAGAUUAUUUAUACUACGCGAAAAAAAUGUGCGAAAAUUAUUACACUGAUCGUAAAAAUUCCGACACUCAGGUGGAACGUGUACUGAGUGCACUCACGGAUGUACAAAAAUUUUAUGACUACUUAUCAGUUCACACGGGUGUCAAUCAUACGAGGGCUUUCCAAAGUUAUCUACUCUACGGUCAACUAGUUUCGGAGACUAGUCUCGGCCUUCAGUUGGAACCUUGGACGGAUUCCAUAUUUCCGAGUGGAAAACUUUUGGACUUGAGUGCAGUUGAAUACAUAAUUCAGACUCAUACCCCUCGGAUGAAGCGUCUCUUAGGUGGAGUUUGGAUAAAAACAUUUUUGAACCACGUCGAUGAUUUACUGAGUGGUAAAAGUACUCGGAAAAAUGGAUAUUUCUAUGUUUACAGUGAGCAUCACGUCGCUGCAAUUUUGAACGCUCUUGGUAUCUACAGGCCCCAUGUUCCGACUUACUUGAGUUCUGUAAUUUUUGAAUUGCACGAGAUCGAUAAUAAUUUCUAUGUCAAGGUGAUUCAUAAAAAUGAAGAGAAAAUUACAGAAGCUCUGAUUCCCGGUUGUGAAACUUCGCUGUGUUUGCUUGAUACAUUCAAGUUCGUCUUGAAAGAUGUGAUUCUCGAAGAUUUUGAAAAAGAUUGUGGGACACACGGCCGUUUUCCAGAUCUUUGAUGCUGCGGCCAGAUCGUGGGAUAUUUUUGCCCCUUCCCGUGGUGAAAUAGCAUGGAGCGGAAUGCUGGGAGGAGAAAGUUUCUACCUACGAUCCAGUCUUUGAUGGCUUUGGGAAGAAUUUCCCAGUUUUUCCCAGUAUAUAUAAAAUAUGUGGUAUUAUUUAUAUUUCAAUUAUCAUUUAUAUUCAAUCGAUUAUCAAUAAAUAAA